AUGGCAACUUUAUGUGUUUCGAUACAAGCUCCCUGGCCAGUAUUGAUCACACAAGUUGCUUGUGGAAAUGUUCACUCGUUAGCUCUAUCGUCAGGAGGGGAUGUUUUAUCAUGGGGUAAGAAUAGCCAUGGUCAGUUGGGUUUAGGGAAGGCAGUGGAUAUCCAGACCGUGCCUCUUCCAGUUCGUGCCCUUUUGGGGGUGCCUGUGACUCAAAUCUCCGCUGGAGGAGCCCACACGCUGGCCCUCACACUCCAUGGACUGGUAUAUUGCUGUGGGGCCAACAAUGCAGGGCAGCUGGGCCUUAACAGGGUGGAUGAGAAAGGUCGCUUUGGGAUAUGCUCAGUGCCUGCCCUCAGAGAUCGUGACAUAAGGUCUAUCUGUUGUGGAGAUGCACACACUGCUGUUCUCACCGGGAAUGGACAUGUUUACACCUUUGGAGAGGGGGCCCAGGGCCAGCUUGGACACAGCUCCACAGCCAAUGAGCUUCAACCCAAGAUGGUGGAAGGCCUAGAUGGGCCAGCCUCACAGAUAGCCUGUGGCAGCCACCACACCUUGGUGCUGGGAUCUUCUAAUCGCCUUUGGGCCUUUGGGAGUGGAGUGAGAGGGCAGCUGGGCAAUGGCCGCUCAGAGAACAGUACACAGCCCACGAUGGUGGAACCGACCUGGGCUGGUGUGGAAGUACAUGCAGCCAGUGAUUUCAAAAUCUCAGCGGGAUGGAAUUCCAACUUUGUUUUCUUCCGACCUGAGAAGUCAACGUCAGAACUGCAACUAGUUGGAAAACUGAAUGAUGCCCAGCUGCAGAGAUGGCUAACAAUGACCACUGGUGAUCAAAACGACGCAGAGGCUGAACGAAUGAUCAGGAUAUUUUCAUCAAGUUCAAGUCUUGUGGGAAGUUUCAUAAAGGACAUUGAGCCUCAAGCUAAGAUGCCGGCCAAUUCUGUUAGAGUAGACUUACAAGCUGCAAGUGAGGCAUUUGACAAACUGCUGCAAGUUCCUUGGAUCCGCGAAGCAAUAAACAUCAGACCACUGGUGAAAAUCCUUGGUGAUUUUUCAUCAGCUAUGAAGGCAGCAGACAUCUUCCUACUACUUCCUGUCUGCCCCCUUCUCCAUGAAGACCAGAAUGUCAUUGACCUGGUUCUGCCACUCGCAGUGGCCAUAACUAACCUUCGUGACUCUGUCAUGGAACUUCUACAGGGCUGGUGGGGAUCCAUGGGGAAAGCGAUGAUGUCCAAACACAUCCAGGUGUGGAAACACGCCCUGUCCUUCCUCCUGAGAGCCAACCUGAUAAAGGACUACAUCCCUGAGGUGAAAGCUACUCUCGAGGUCCUCAAGUACCUGCACAGAGCAAACAGGAAAGCUGAGAAGUCUAAGCAAGUUCAUUACACUGAUUUCUACAUAGAGGAACUUAACCAACACUCCACCAUGACAGUGUGGAGAAAAAAUCAGGGGUUACAAGUGCAGGAAAUGGAACUGACACAUGAGAUUUUCUCCCGUUUUCCAUUUCUCCUAAACCUUCCGAGCAAGGUGCUAAUUUACAGUUAUGGUGCUCAAGCUACAAAGGAAACCCACCAACGGAUGCAUCAGCAAGCGAUCUCUGGGAGGGAAGGUCCUAACGUCUUCCCUGCGGAGGUCCCUACUCCUGUGUUCAUGCUCAAAAUCAGACGCACUCAUCUCCUGGAGGAUACAUUUAGGCAACUGGGCGCCACUGACCAUGAAAACUUCCCAAAACAGCUGGUGGUCCAGUUUGUUGACACGACAAACCUGACACUUGUGGACCAAAAGGAUUUUUUCCUUCGCACGUUUAAAAAGUUGCUUGCACCUGUCUCUGGCAUGUUCAUAUACGAUGACGCCAAAACUCUUGUCUGGUUCCCAUCUAAGCCAGAACAUGAAACCCAAAGGUACUUCCUUUUUGGAAUACUUUGUGGCCUAGCCUUGAACAACAACAGCAUUGUACACUUGCCCUUUCCUCUGGCUAUGUUCAAGAAACUUCUGGGUGUCAAAGUAACACUGGAAGACCUGAUUGAGUUCAGUCCUGUUCUUGGAGAGCACUUGCGGUACACCUUGUACGACUCUACUGAUGAUGACAUUGAAAAUCUAGACAUGACCUAUUCAAUUACCUGGGAUGACACUGAAAUGGAGCUGGCUCCAAAAGAAAUGGGAAAACUUGUGACAAGCAAAAACAAGAAAGCGUUUGUGCAGGCCUAUGUGAACUAUGCCUUAAACAAAUCAGUGGAGAGGGUGUUUAAGGAGUUCAAGAGGGGCUUCUUCAAAGUGUGUGCCAGAGAGGUGGUAGAAAUGUUCCAUCCAGAGGAGCUGAGGGGGAUGAUGGUGGGGAGGGAGGACUACGACUGGGACAAACUCAAACAGAACACAGUUUAUGAGAGCGGAUACCAUGGAAACCACCCUGUGAUUAAAAUGUUCUGGGAAGUGUUUGACGACUUUUCUCAUGAUCAAAAGAAAGCCUUCCUCUUGUUCCUGACUGGCUGUGGUCGCGUGCCGAUCUUGGGCAUGGACCAGGUUAGGAUGACCAUACGUCCCAGGCGCGAGUCAUCACAGGAUCAUUUCCCAGAAUCCCUCACAUGUCAUGCCAUCCUAGACCUUCCCAUGUACCAGUCCAAAGAGACACUCCAGACUCUGCUCACUGAGGCUGUGAACCACAAGAGAGGCUUCUGGAAAGAAUGAGGAACCCUCACAGUUCUUACAUGGCGUCACAGAAAUAUCUCUUGCAUCACAAAUGUAUCACACGUAUCACACAUGUUGACAUAUUAAUGAAACCUUUUAUGUAGGCUCUUCAAAUAAAUAUAAGAUUCACUUUUAAA